UCAUUUCAUGGAACCUACCACCUUUCUCAUUCUCCCCCUUUAAAUACACAAAAAAACACCCUGUAAUUUCAAUUUCACACCAAUCUUGCUUUCGCCACCAUUAUAUCAUACAUCCAUUCAAUUUCCAGUUCUCCACCACCACCAUGACUUCUAUGUUACAGAGGGAGAGAUCUCUCCCUGUUUCUCAUAAUCCCUCUUCAAACGACCCAUCUUCGGUGGUUGCCGGCAUGCGCCGGAGACUCUCCUCCAUGUCCUUACGGAUCCAGCCCUCUUCCAUCUCCGAUACCACCUCCGCCGCAACCGCAUGGGCGAUGCGCCGCUCCAAAUCCGUUUCCUCAAUGGGGGAAUCCGCGUCUACCUCAGUCAGGAACUGGUGGGAUUGGGGAUGGGGAUGGAUCCUGUCGAGGAAACCCGUAUUCGCACAGGAUCUGGAGUUUAAUCAAGAGGAAACCUCCGUUCUCAGAUCCCAUGAUAAAGGAAGCUGGAGACACGUCUUCUUCAAGGUUAGAUCCGAGAUCCGGAGAAUUGUCAGAUCUGAUAAUGUCGGCCUCCCUCAGACAGUUCGUUACAACUCCUACAGCUACGCUCGCAAUUUCGACGAUGGCAGCAAUAAAUUCCGAGGCUGAAAUUGGUCUCUGGGCUGAGCUACUACCCAAAUUCAAAGAUCAUACAGUUACUCCGAUUAUGUUCUUGUAUCAAAUUCAUUUUUUCUGUUUAGAUCAUAGACAAGGUAAGAUAAGGAAAAGAAUGAUGAUUUCGGCGAUGGUUGUACUCCGGCGGAAGGGAAAGAAUGAUUAUGUCAAUUCCGGUGGUGUUCUCCGAUGUCGGUGGAUGUCGGUGGGAAGAGAAGAUGCAAAGUAAAGUGGGCGGGUUGUAAUUUAAUUUGUAAAAUUUGUUGAUUUUAAUUUUCAAUUAUUGUUAAUUUGUUAUAUAUCAAACUAUUUGUUGUAUUAUUUCA